GAUAGAUACGAUGAUGAAGAGUCUACUGGAUUUGUUGAUGGAAACUGAGCCUGAAAGUAUCCCUGUAAAUACCGAAAGUUGGAUAAACAUUAGUGAGGAAAACAAACUGGUUGAAUAUAAAGCCCUUAAAUAUUCUGGUAAGGUUUGUGGUACUUUUAAGAGUUCCAAUGCAGAAAAAAACGAAACCAAAAUUGGUAUUGAAAAGUCUGUGGGUAUGAACCUCAUGGGUGGAUCCUUCGACCUUGGAAACUGGCAUCAGACUGGAAUAGGUUUAUUCCCUUUGACAUUGCUUUCAUCAUACUUGUAG